GGGUCUGACGUCUCUCUCUCUCUCUCUCUCUCUCUCUCUCUCUCUCUCUCUCUCUCUCUCUCUCUCUCUCUCUCUCUCUCUGUAUAUCUUUGUGGUGUGUAUGUAAACAGGAUGAUGGAAGCUCACACUCUUCCUCAGAUUAUCACAUCAUCGUAAGUAACACACUGUGAUGUUCAGGUCCAUCAUGCAGCUUGAAGAAACCGACAGUGUGUUUGUCGAUCUAAAUUCAGUAAUUCCGGAGACUGAGCUGCUGGACAACAGCAUACAGAAGAGUCGAGCACCGCUUCCUCUCAAGAGCAGGAGAAACCGACCAUCACGCUCCCGUCUGACUGACAGCCUGAGCUCCACUGAGGGGGACGAGGGGCCAGACACCAGGUCUGCAGACACACCCCUCCACUCAGCCCCAAUUCACUCCUUCCACCGUGACUCCAGCCACACUCCAGAGCUCUUUCUCUCCUCCUUUGACUCCGCCCUCACACGCCGAUCUCCAGAAGACCCUAAAACUAACCGUUACCAUCAGCUCACCAACACCACGUCCCAUGAUGCACUACUGCCCCCAGUCCCACCUUCCCCCUGCAGGUCAUGUCCCGAAACCUCCCCUGUGCACUUCCGCAGGGGUCGACGCCCUGAAAGUGAAGUGCUUGUGUCAGAUGACAGUCAGGAUGACAACAUAGCCGAGUCUGACAGUCCCACUGUGGUUCUGGAUAAAAAGACCAAACGGAGGUUCCUAGAUUUGGGGGUGACUCUGCGUCGUUCAUAUGUCAGAGUGAAGAAAGAUAAUGCAAAAAGAUUCUCUCUGGGAAGCCGAGAGCUGUGUGAGAACUCCUCCCGCCAUUCGGGAUCCUUUGUGCCUUUUUCCUGGUUCUCAGACAGUCAUCGCUCUUCCUCCACGUCCUCGUCUCCCCGCAUGGUGGCUCACUCCCGCAGCCCGAGCAAGUCCGACUCUCAGGAGUCGGCAUUCAGUGAUGAGUUUUCUCCUAAAAGUCCUCUAGCUCCGUCAGAGACUCGCUCCUCUCAUCACCCGUAUCAGACUCUGUCCCAGUCUUCAGACGAGCGUGUAGACGAGCCUCAGUGUGUAGCCAGAUUGUGGAGCACGCAGCAGGUGUGUGAUUGGUUGAGGAGUUUAAACAUGGAGCAGUAUGUCCCCAAAUUCAGGGACAAAGACGUGGAUGGAGAACUUCUGCUGCAGAUGGAUGGAACCAAACUCAAGGCUCUGGGUGUGUUGAACUCGUCGGAUCGCAGCAUAUUGAAGCGUCGAAUUAAAGAUAUCCACGCUGCAGCUGAAAAGGAGAGGAAAGCUCUGGACAAGCUGGAGAAACAGAGAGAGAAGCAGCGGAAGAAAGACCAGGAGCAGAGGAAGAGUUAAAUAAGAAAAAUGGGCUGUGUUCCAAACGCCUAAAAAAAACUUACUUACUUCAUGUUCUUAUUAGAACAUUGGCCAUUUUAAGAAAAUAUUAGAGCACACUUACUCCAUUAGCAAGACUUCUCGAUAGCAUGUUAUGGGUGAUUCUUACCCAUAAUGAACCGUUAGCAUGCUUCAGGCUUAGCGGUGAGCAAGUGGUCAUGAGAUGGUUUAUUAACACAGUGUGUAAAGUUUACUAGAUUGUCUUUUAUGUAUGACUUGAGCUCAAACCUGCAUUUACCUGUGAGGCUUCAGUUAAGCAUGCUCCUGUAUCUUGUAUGCUAACCGCUAAUUAGCGAUUAGCCGAUUAGUUAGCAGUUAUUAUUAAUUUUCUGAACAGAAUAAAAUCUGAUAGUCUACCAGUAGGAAGGUUGGUGAAACAUCUCAUUGUUUCUAAUGAUGACACGUGUUAAAUACGGCUAACUGAUUAAAAAACUAAAUAGCUAGCAUGCUAGUUAGCUGCUCGCACUGCAGGAAAAACGUCCAGAACCAGGUUCACCAUCUGUACAUGGUUAUGGAGCGUUUUGUUCCCCAUCUGAACAUACAUCUAGAUCUUGUAAAUGUUUUCUGUCAAUCUGAGUGUGCAAAUUUCAUAUGCUAACCCCUAAUUAGCGAUCAGCUGCUUAGCUUGCUGUAAUUUCAUAUUCUAUUAUUAUGACUUUAAGUGUGCGCUGCUACGUGUGUGUACUUGCUAAUCAGCUGCAUUCUAGUUAGAAGUAAGAUUAGAGGAUUCUGUGUGUUCUACAGUUAACAGUGUUUCUUGAAAUGGCCAAUGCUAAUAAGAAAAAAAUAGUGACUCUUAUUUGUGCUUGUCACCAAUCAUUUUAUGUUUUAGUGACAACAUUCACACUCGACCCUCAUUGGCCCACUGACGUGCAGUGACGUGGGAGUCUUUUUAUCGCUAUGCAGCACGUGUUGCGUUCUUUACAUUAUUAUGCCUUAUGUGUUAUAUGUGAUAUAUUGCACUUGUCUGUUAGCUUAGUAACAGAUUCACAGGCGUGUUGUUGUGCAUGAGGUUCUGCUGUGACUGAGUGUGUGUGUGUGUGUGUGUGUGUGUGUGUGUGUGUGUGUGUGUGUGUGUGUGUGUGUGUGUGUGUGAGUAUGUGUGAGUGUGUGUGUGUGAGUAUGUGUGUGUGUGUGUAUGUGUGAGUGUGUGAGUGUGUGUGUGGUUUAAGUGACAAGAGAAAUAUUUAUUGAUGGAAGAACAAAGUUACAGACCUUACAGAGAUAACUGUAUUAACUGCAAGUGUUUAUUAGCAUGAGUUAGUGGUGUGUGUGUGUGUGUGUGUGUGUGUGUGUGUGUGUGUGUGUGUGUGUGUGUGUGUGUGUGAGAGUGUGUGUGUGUGAGUGUGUGUGUGUGUGAGUGUGUGUGUGUGUGAGUGUG